AUUCGCUCUCUCACACGCGCAGAUGUCGCACUGAGUAACAGAGGGCAAUGAGAGAGUACUAAAUUGCCUCUCCAUUGCACUGAAUCAACUCAGACGUCAUACACAUGUGAUGUGUGUUUCUAUAGGUUGUACUGGUGAAGUGGAGAAUGGGCAUUAGUUGAGAUUCGUCCAAACUCAGAGGGAUUAUGGCAUCAUGACCGAGGACGUGCUCAGAAGCUCGCACACUUCCAUGAAGGUGGUCGCCUUGCGUUUUGUGGACCUGCCACUGUCAGUCUAUUACUCUCUCCCACAGGUGAGUCUAAGUGCCGGCACCAAGAAGCUCUUUGCCGCCUCUGCCUUUGGUGCCGUCUCCCUCGUCUUCCUCACCCGUCACUUCAGAAGAAGAAAGGGCAAGAAAAAAGUAAAUUCGCCUUUAGAACAGGAGAAGUUUGAGUUCCUCACCAGUAUCCCCCUGACAAAAGACUUUGGCAGCAAUAAUCAAAAUCCUUCUUUAAACUCAAAGAACUGCUACUCAAGUAAUGUGGUGUCCAGUGGCAGCCUCUACAGCAAGUUAUCAGGUUCCCUGCAGAGCCUGGCCUCAUUAAAGAGUAGGCACUCCUCCAGCAGCUGCACCUGUGCUGCUAACAGCUCUGGCUGCUGGGAUGGAGCAGGAGAUGAUAGUGACAUCUGUAACCUGCUCAACAUCCCCGUCACCACUCCAGAGAAUCUGUAUCUGAUGGGGAUGGAGUUAUUUGAGGAGGCCCUCCAGCAUUGGGAGCAAGCGUUAACGUUCCGUAGCAGGCAGAUGGAGGACGAGGCAAGCUGUGCAUUGGUUAAGCUAGGAGCUGGAGAUGCCAUAGCAGAAGAAACCAUGGAGGAUAUCAUCAGUGCAGAUUUCGUCCAUAAGUUGGAGUCUCUGCUACAGAGAGCCUAUCGGCUGCAAGAAGAGUUUGAGGGAGCGUUGGGAAUGACAGACCCUUCAACACGGCCCAGUAAUGACAAACACACAGAUCUCUCUUUGAGGGAGGACUUGGAAGACACCUGCCUCAGAGACUCAAUCAGCAUCGCAUCAACGGAUUCCUUUGUGUCUGCCGCAGAGUUAUCUGAGCACAGAGAGAUGAGAAGUGCCUAUGCCUUGGGCUCACUGUGCCAUUACCCCUUCUAUGAGGAGGCUUUGCAGAUGGCUGAAGAGGGCAAGAUCUCCUGUCGAGUUCUACGAACUGAGAUGCUUGAAUGUUUAGGAGACACGGACUUCCUGGCAAAGCUGCACUGUAUAAGACAAGCAUGUCAGAUCAUUUUAUGUGAAAGGGCAACUAGAGCAUUUUUGGCCGACACGGGAAAGAAGAUAUUGUCUUCAAUAAUUGUCAAAGCAAGGAAGAGCCCAAAAAGAUUUGAGGAGGUGUUUGAAGAAAUGAUCUGCUUCCUGGAUCAAGCGAAUCACUGGGAGAACACAGAAAUUGAGCUUUCUUCAAGAGGGGUAAAGCAUCUUAACUUCUAUGACAUUGUUCUUGACUUUAUCCUAAUGGACUCGUUUGAGGAUCUUGAGAAUCCACCAAUGUCCAUCCAGAAUGUGGUCAACAAUCGCUGGCUCAACAGCUCCUUCAAAGAGACAGCUGUUGCAUCAAGCUGUUGGUCUGUUCUGAAACAGAAAAGACAACAUAUGAAGGUGCAAGAUGGCUUCGUUGCUCAUUUCUAUGCAGUCUGUGAACACAUAAGUCCUGUCCUUGCCUGGGGGUUUCUGGGCCCUAAAAGUUCCUUGCAUGAUUUUUGCUGCUUCUUCAAGGAGCAGGUGCUGUUCUUCCUGAAGGACAUCUUUGACCUGGAGAAAGUGCGUUAUUCCAGUCUGGACACUCUGGCUGAGGACAUCCUGCACCUGCUUCAUCGACACUCUGAGCUGCUCCUGGCCUACUUGGGUGCUGACUCUCUCCUUCACUUCAAUGGCUGUGCCAGUACCCCUUUGCACCUUGUGCCAAGUGCUUUGCUGGAGGCUCCAGUCCAGUGAGCUAUUGCCAGUCUUCCACAACCUCCACAUUUCCAUGGACAUUAAUUGCCUGAAGGUGCUGAUUCCACCUUUGGAAUGCAUGCAGUCGAGAUCCUAGUCUCUGGGUUCAGUACACUUUGUUACUCUUGUCCUCCAAGUCUUAGUGCCAUAGCAAUGUUUGUGUAAUGUUUAAAAUAUAGGAAAAAAGGGACAGUGAUUCAUUCAUUUUAUAUCCUGUCAUGUGGUGUUCAAAUACUUGUAAAUUUAUUAGACUUUUUUCAAUAACUGUUUGCACAACAGAUGAUUUGAAGUUGUAGGUGAUGUUUUGAGACCUGAAAGCUUUAACAGAUAUUGUGAGAAUAGGCCAAAGUGUUUGAAAAGGUUUUUUUAAGGUUACUACUAGUCAUCCAGAAGGAUUUUAUGGACAAGUGUACCUCUGCAGUAGUUUGCGGACUAUACAUCUCACCAGUAUAUUUGCCAUUAAACCAUAUUCGGUAAAGGUGUGAAAAGUUAGUGCUUCUGUCCCAUUAACAGUAUUAUACUUCCAUCUUCUUAGAAACUGUGUAACAAUCAUUAAAGGAUUAAAUGUACAAGCCUUAUGAGUAGCACAUGUAUUGUGAUGGGAAGAUGGUAUUUUGUUGACAAUUGCAAGUCAUUUGGGCCAAUAAACACUACAAAAGGCACUUUUCUCCAUCGAGCCAAACAGUUCUCAUUGUGGAACCAUGCAAUUCUUUACCAAUCCAAGCUCACUGGCAGUUUCUUUUUCUUUUGUGGUGCUGUGAAAUCAAGACUAGAAUGAACUGACUGGGCAAACGACCAUUUGUGAGUUGCCAUGUACUAAGCUAUUCCCCCAGCAAGGUUGAAUAUGAUCAGAAAUGCUUAGAAAUCAAGGUUGGGAACAGUUUGUAAUUGUACCAUACCAAGCUGUGCUCAAAUGCUACUGGAACAGUUACUCACUAAGCUCAGAAGAAUCCUAUAAAUUCUGAAUAAAAACCUCAGACAGUU